AUGGCGCAAGUGCUUAUUAACACUCUAUUCGUCAGGCUCCCAGCUUCCUACUUGCUGGGAAUUGCCCUUGUUAUCAUUCUGAUAUCUUUAUUCAAGAUCGUGUCUCGCAAGACCAACGGAAGUAGCUCAUCAGCCAAUAUUGGCUUAUUUGACAUCGAUGGCGGACAAGAGAUAGAGCCCUUGAAGAACUUUGAAUGGAGCAAGACCGAGCCUGUCAAGCAGCGCCCUUUCAAGCCAAUCUGGCACAUGACUAUGGGCCUUCAGGACGUACCGCCUUCAGAGUAUAUUCAAAUAGACAAAGAUUAUUUGGAACGAAUUCGCAUGCGUCAACGUAUAAUUGAAGAUUAUUCAGAUACCGUGAUAGCUUUUAAUGACGCAGCUCAACCAGCAAUCAGGGAAUUCUAUACUUGGCUCAUGACCAAAUAUCUACCGUCACGUUUCCCUACAAUGUUCAUUCUUUUGCAUUCUGAACAAAAAGAUGGAAAAUCUUGUCCUAAACUACAAAAUACUGUCACGGGUGCUAUUCAUCCAACACAGCCACCGCAGGAUCUGAGACAGGCCCUCAGUAUCCUUGGUGAAAUGGUUGAAGAAGAUUUCAUGUUUUUAGUUCCAUCGGGACAGGGAGAUUCGACGACAUUUUCCUUACAAGGGGUCGUUGCUUGCUUCCCAAGUAGCUGGAGCCCAAAAGAGAAGUGUGGGAUGAGUCUUCGAGACAUCCACGCACCAGUCCCACGAUACAAGGAAAAGAUGGCUAUGAGCCUCGAUCGCGUACUGAGCAAGCUCAAGAAACCUGGGAAGAUAUACAUGAGGCAGAAUUGGGCAGUGACAACAAGCAACAAUCUAUUUGCUCCUGGUGGGCAGUUCCACCUCUAUGAAGAUAACCAAGUCGAAGAAGAAACGGUUGAAAUAUCUACAACUUGUGUCCGGUCCGAAAGACAGAGUUUCCGUUUUCUCCCUGAAUCGAAAACCAUAGUUUUCUCCUUCCAUUCUUAUCAAUAUCCACUAUCUCAAAUCAAGGAAGAAGGAUUAGGAGAAGUGCUGGCAGAAGCCAUUGACGGGCUUAAAAAGGGGUCUGUUCCUGAGAUUCAUUAUUACAAGCGUGCGCCUAUAUGGGCUGAACAAGUCAAAUCUUAUCUGAGAAGUUGA